AUGGACGAGCAAAGAGCUACUCAUGUAUUGCGCAACUCCUUGAUUGACAAGGAAUUCCUUUACGAUACUGAAAAUAGCCCAGAGCUUCUCGAGCAAUUGACUUGUGUCCCUUUGGCUAGUGUGCAAGCAGCUUCAUUUAUCAACGAGAACAGCAUGACAAUCGCUAGCUAUGUUAAGCUUUUAGUCGGACAAGAGCAGAGUGCCAUCGAUCUUCUGAGCCAGGACUUUGAGGUCGAUGCAAAAGCAUUCGAAACCCUGUCGUGA